AUGUCGGUUAACGCUGCUAGCAUGCUUACCCUCGGGGGAGAAAGGACGAGCGGCGAAUCUGUUCGCAAACAAAAUGUUCUCGCUGCUUGCUCAAUUGCUAACAUCGUUAAGACCAGCCUAGGUCCUGUCGGUCUUGAUAAAAUGCUGGUAGAUGACGUUGGAGACGUGACAAUCACUAACGAUGGGGCUACUAUUUUGAAGUUACUUGACGUUGAGCAUCCUGCAGCAAAAAUUCUUGUUCAGCUCGCGCAAUUACAAGAUGAAGAGGUUGGGGAUGGGACAACAUCUGUUGUGAUUCUGGCUGCUGCACUGCUCAAGAAUGCAGACGAACUGAUUUCUCGUUUUGUUCAUCCUACCAUAGUAAUCAAUGGUUAUCGGUUGGCCUGUCGAGAAGCUUGUAAGUAUAUACAAGAACACAUGGCGUAUGAUGUAAAUAAAUUGGGUAAGGCUGGGUUAGUAAAUGUGGCACGAACCGCUAUGUCAAGCAAACUUAUCAAUUUAGAUGCUGAAAUGUUUUCACAAAUGGCUGUGGAUGCACUUAUGGCUGUUGAAGUCUCUGGAGGUCCCAAAGGUCCUGUUUAUCCCAUAAAAGCAGUUAACAUUCUGAAAGCCCAUGGACGAUCAAUGUCAGAGAGCAUGUUGAUAGAUGGUUAUGCUCUGAAUUGCACAGUUGCCAGUCAACAGAUGCCUCGAACAAUAAAAAAGGCGAAAAUUGCCUUUCUGGAUUUCAGCUUACAAAAAGUUAAAAUGAAACUGGGAGUUCAAGUUGUGGUUAAGGAUCCUGCCCAACUGGAAGCUAUCCGUCAACGUGAAGCUGAUAUCACAAAAGAACGUAUACAAAAGAUUCUUAAUGCUGGUGCUAAUGUCAUUCUUACAACUGGUGGAAUCGACGAUUUAUGCAUGAAGUAUUUUGUUGAAGUUAAUGCUAUGGCUGUACGUCGAUGCAAAAAAGUUGAUCUGAAAAAUAUGGCAAAAGCAACUGGAGGUCAGCUUAUUGUUAGCUUAGCAGAUAUGGAAGGUGAUGAAGUUUUCGAUCCAACAAAGUUAGGAAAUGCAGAGGAAGUAUCUCAAGAACGCAUAUGUGAUGACGAAUUAAUUAUACUGAGAGGUCCUAAAGUUCAUCCAUCGUCAAGUAUCAUUUUACGAGGUGCAAAUGACUUUUAUGUCGAUGAAAUGGAACGAUCUCUACAUGACGCACUUCUGGUAAAGGAACAGUCCAUUUGUUAAGUUAUAUAUUUAAAUACAGAUUCCUAAUUUUUUCUAAUCUUAAUAGUUCAUUGUUCACAUAAUGAUACUUGUACAUUGUGAGUUGUAUGCAUUCAUCUUUAUAACCAUUAAUGAUUUUCAACCGUAUCAUCCAAUGUAUUCCACAAUAUUUAAGACUUAUUUGAUAUAAUCCAACCAGACAAGUUUUUAAGCAUCUGCAUGGUUCAAACUACCUUCAAUUUUUUCCAAUCUAGUAGUCCUAAUAUGAUCGAUAAGACAUACUGAGGAAGGUGUAAAUUUUUUUUACUGCCGUAUCACCUGGUCAUCAAGCUAAGCGUUAGAUACUUUUUAGUCAUCAUGGUUGUUUAAUAUUUUGUGAAUAUUCAUCUGUGUCCUUUGACUUAUUAUCUGUGUUAUUUGUUACCUUAAUACACUGUCCAACUGAUUUUUACUUCUCAGUAAGAUGGUAGAACGUGACGUAUGCGAAAGCUAGGGGCAAUCAUUGUUUUUAACAAUCAUGCUAGAAUAAUAACAGGUUACAAAAAACAUACACCACUGUAGGUUUGGGACUAACUACCCCAAACGGCCUGGUACGGCCGAGGGUGAGGAAAGUCUACUUCCCCUCUCGAAAUGCUCUCAUAUGG